AGCAAGAAAUAAACAAGAGGGAUCAGAGCGGAGUGUAGAUGAGAGCAGUUCGGUGUUUCCUGGCGUUUCCACAUAAGUUUGUGUUUGGCUUAUUUAGCUGUUCGUAUAAGAUUUUCCCCCCAGUAGCAUUUUAAAACACCGUGUAUUCAUCGCUGUAUUAUGGCGGUAGUUUGACUGGAGGUGAAAUAGACAUGGAAGGAGAAGGCGAGGGAAAUGCAAAAGAGGAAUGGCAGGUGGUAGGAAGAGGAGCGAAACGAGACAGAGUGUCCGAAGGUAAUUUAGAGUCUGAUAAAGGUAAUCCCAAUAAAGCAAUGCGAGUGAUAAAUGACAAGGAACUAAAGGUCAAAUUACAAUUUGAUUCACCUAUCUCUAUUAAUCCACUGAAAAUUACCAAAGCACUUCAUGCAGCCGUAGGCACAGUGCAGGUCACACCUGUAAGAGAUGGCAGCUUACUUAUUGGUUGUUACAAUGCCGCGCAGCGGGAUAAACUUCUUGCAAUGUCUGAAAUGGAUGUGCUUUAAUUGCCAGAAAUUUGGGCACGUAGCAGCCAUUUGCAGAGGAAAAAGACGAUGUGGUAAAUGCGGAGGAGAAGAUCAAUUCAUUGGGAAAACGUCAGGCAGUGGGAAGCGGAAAAUGGUGCCCUGGUGGACAGAUGAGUGUAAGGAAGCAAUACAGGUGUGACAAGGACAACCCAAAACGUAGCACUAGCAACAGUGCACAAAAUACAAGCAACAAAACCUGACACAGAGGACCUGGAACCUGUUCCUUAACUGGACUUUGAACCUUUUCCUCACCUCGUCAUCCAUGAGCUGCUGCAUAUCAAAUGUGUUCCUGAUGUUUUCUCUCCUAAGGAAGUUGAAGCUAAGUUUAAACUUUAUGGUUGUUCUUACCAGAUAAUGAUCACUACCUAUGUUGGCUGAUCUAAGUGCCCUGGUGUCUAGAACAGAGGUUCUGAACUUGCAGUUGAUUAGGAUGUGGUUGAUCUGGUUUGCUGCCUUACCAUCUGGUGAUACCCAUGUCUGUUUAUGUAUAUUUUUAUGUGGAAAUAAUGUUCUGGGGGGCGGCACGGUGGUGUAGUGGUUAGCGCUGUCGCCUCACAGCAAGAAGGUCCGGGUUCAAGCCCCGUGGCUGACGAGGGCCUUUCUGUGCGGAGUUUGCAUGUUCUCCCCGUGUCCGCGUGGGUUUCCUCCAGGUGCUCCGGUUUCCCCCACAGUCCAAAGACAUGCAGGUUAGGUUAACUGGUGACUCUAAAUUGACUGUAGGUGUGAAUGGUUGUCUGUGUCAGCCCUGUGAUGACCUGGCGACUUGUCCAGGGUGUACCCCGCCUUUCGCCUGUAGUCAGCUGGGAUAGGCUCCAGCUUGCCUGCGACCCUGUAGAAGGAUAAAGCGGCUAGAGAUAAUGAGAUGAGAUGAGAUAUUUACACAGAUUUUUUUUGUCAAUUUCCAUUUCCAAGAUCACUUUCUUUACCAUACCUGGAAAAAAAUAAUAAAUGAGUAUGAUUUGUGUCCACAAAUAAGUCUGCAUCUACAUACCCAAAUAAUUACCUUCUCUUCAGUCUUCUUGCUGAUGUAUCAAGGGCAACAUGGGUGGAGCCACACAAGCAAAUUCCUGAAGAGAAACCUGUUCCAGUUAGCCUGUUAAACUGAAGGUAUAAAAGUGGGACCUGGGGUUGGUGCUCUAACAGUCGACCCGGUCAGAAGCUUAGUAUUCAUCAGGAUUUAUACAAUUGAAUUAAAUUGGAGGGUCUGAGUCUACACCUGUACAAGAACCUCCUCAAGUCUCCAGUAUUGUUUAUCCGGAUUCAUUAAAUUGAAUAAAAUGGGAGCGUUCUUUUCCAAACAGGAGCCUUCUCCUCCUCCGUCUCAAGAAUUUGAUCAGCCAUGGAGGACGAUGCCUUGGGGGAAAAAUGACUUGGAAAAGAAACUCAGGGAUUUCAGGCUCAACCAACCAAACAUUCGGUUUGUCAGGAUUCUGCUUAUUGGUGAAACUGGAGCUGGAAAGUCCAGCUUUAUCAACUCAGUCAACAAUGCUUUCCAAAAACGAAUCACCUCUGGUGCUCUAGCUAACACAGCAAUAUAUGGAGAAAGUUUUACAAAAACUUACGAAACCCAUUACAUUGAAGGAGAGGAUGGUUCGCUUUUGCCUUUUGCCUUUAAUGAUGUAAUGGGAUUUGAAAAAAGUGAAGCUGGUGUGACUACACAGGACCUCAAAAGAGCCUUACAUGGCUUUCUUCCAGAAGGAUACAAUUUUGAGAAGGCAUCAUCCAGCUGUGUGCAGGACUCUUGCUACAGAAGCAACCCAAGUCUUGAGGAACAAACCUUCUGCGUGGUCAACAUUAUCGCAGCAGACAAAGUAUCCAUGAUGGACGAUUCACUUAUUAAUAAGAUGAAAAAUAUCCGUAAAGCAGCUGCAGAAUUGAAAUUGCCUCAAGUAAUCAUCAUGACAAGACCAGAUAUAAUAUGCCCACUGGUUAAAGGUGAUGUAAGGAAGGUCUACACCAGCAAGAAGAUCAAAGAGAAGAUGCAAAUAUGUAGUCAUCUGCUGGGAAUUCCAGUGAAUCACAUUUUCCCUGUGAAAAACUACCAUGAGGAGAUGGACACAGACGAUGACACUGAUGCCCUGAUUUUCAAGGCACUUGAUCAGAUUGUGAACAUUGCCUGUGAUGUGCUAAAGAAAAAAUCCUCUAACUCUGGUGACAAACCUAAGUAGGGAUUCAGAACCCAAUACCUCAAGUACAUGAAAAACACAUUACGCAUAUGAUUUAUAAUUGAAGACGGUUAACAAAUAUGCAUUUGUAAUGUAAAUGUAAUGUAAUAUUCUGUCUUUAUGGAGUACAUUAGUUUGUCACUUUAGUUACAGUUACAAUAAGACAAUGAUUUCAUUACUUUUCAGAGUUAAUACACCUUAAAUGUA